AUGGGAGCUGAAAAUGCAGAGAAUUUGUGUGUGAAAUAUUCAAAACAUGGAUUUGUGUUCCUAUUAUCCAUCCUUGUUCAUCUUUCCAAGGCUGCAUCAGUUGAUGAUGACAUCAACUUCAGCUUCACUCGUUUCACCCAAACUAUGCCGGAGAUGGUGUAUGAAUCCGAUGCAUCCGCAUCGGGCAACGUGAUCCAACUCACCGAUUCAAAUGGAGACGGUGACGGUGUUGGUCGAGCCACUUAUUACAAAUCAAUGCACCUUUGGGACAACUCAUCUGGGAAUCUCACACUUGCAGAUUUCACCACUCAAUUCUCGUUCUCCAUUGAUUCCGUCUCCCAAGGCGGCAUGUCCGGUGACGGGCUCGCGUUUUUCCUCGCUCCCGAUGGCUCGAAAAUCCCUCCCGACGCCGGACGCGGUUGCUUGGGACUUCAAAGUUGCUACUCGGAGUCGGGCACCGACGGCCCUAGUUUUGUUGCGGUGGAGUUUGAUACGUGCAAUCAAGUGUGGGAUCCCUCCGGGAUGUCAGAUCACAUCGGCAUUGAUCUCAACAAUGUCACAACUUCUCUCACGGCUGUCCAGUGGCGGUGGAGUGACGUUGAAGAUGGGGGAAAGGUUUAUGCUUCCAUCAGCUAUGACUCUAUUACGAAGAACCUGAGUGUUCUUUUACUUGAUGCUGAUGAUUCUACUGCUCAGAAUUCAUCUACUCUUUCCACAACACUGGAUCUUAGCCUAUAUUUACCCGAAUGGGUCACUUUUGGCUUCUCAGGAUCCGCCACCGCCACCGGAGGAGAUUCGAACGAGAUGCACACUAUUUAUUCCUGGAAUUUCAGCUCAAGCUUACGAGUUUCCAGGCACUUGAAUACAAGUACCAAUAGUAGACCUCCAACAGCAGCACCUGCAGCAGCAAAAUUCCCCACAAGGAAGAACAGGACUUGGCUAUGGGUAGUUCUAGCCAUUGCUGGUGUCAUUUCUGCUUUGAUCCCAGGUCUCGGUUCGGUUUGGUUUUUCUGCAGGAGAAGGAAGUACAUCACCAGGGUAGAUGGGGCGGCCAUUUCUGUCAAUGUAGAAAUGGAAAUGGUGACCGCACCUAGACAGUUUUUCUAUAAGGAACUAAGACUUGCGACCGGUAAUUUUUCCGACGAAGGCCUGCUCGGCGAGGGUGGUUUCGGGAAGGUUUAUCUAGGCUUCUUGAUGGAUAUGAACUGCAAUGUUGCUGUCAAAAGAAUAACCCCGGAUUCUCGACAAGGUGUGAAGGAGUUCUUAUCGGAAGUUAAAAUUAUUAGCAGAUUGCGACACAGAAAUUUGGUCCAACUCAUCGGUUGGUGCCAUGACAAUAACGAAUUCCUCAUCGUGUACGAGUUCCUUCCCAAUAAGAGCCUCGAUUACCAUCUACAUAGAGAGCCAUGCUUGUUGACAUGGGAUAAAAGGUAUAAAAUCGCUCUCGGACUCGCCUCGGCGUUGUUGUAUCUGCAGGAAGAAUGUGACCAGUGCGUGUUGCAUCGAGACAUCAAGUCGAGUAAUGUUCUGUUGGAUUUGAGUUUCAAUGCCAAGCUUGGUGACUUUGGGCUAGCUAGGCUUGUUGAACAUGGACAAGGGUCUAGAACAACUAAGGUUAUGCUCGGAACCGAUGGUUAUAUCGCCCCCGAGUGUCUCAACACGUACAGAUCCAUCAAGGAAUCCGACAUAUACAGCUUCGGUGUCGUUGUCUUAGAAAUAGCCUCCGGGAGGAAGGCCAUUCCGGCACAUGACAGGCCUAGCAAGAAAAGCAGAACAAAAUUAGUGGAAUGGGUUUGGGAUCUGUAUGGGAAAGAGAGUCUUGUAGAUGCUGCAGACCAACGAUUGUAUGGCAAUUACGACAAGGAACAAAUGGAACGGUUUCUCUUAGUCGGGCUGGCGUGUGCUCAUCCGGGAUAUUUCGCCCGACCAUCGAUAACGCAGGUUAUCGACAUCCUCAGUUUUAAGGCUCGAUGCCCCAUGGUACCACGGGAGAUGCCGCUGCCAAUAUUUGGUUCAGCUCUUGAAGACGAUAGUGUUGCAUCUUCAGGAUUCAUUUCGUUACGUGCCGGUGGUUGUAGCAGAAGCCAACCCCGAAUUUCUGGUCCGAGUGUCUGUUUCCUGAAGGAUAAACGCAGAACAAGGAGUGUUGCAGGUUCAGACAUGGAAGCCGGUCAGUCAUAUGUUGUUGGUAGCUAG